CCGUAUUUUCUUUCUAGGGCUUAGGCAGGGCUUUGAUGCUGACCUCCGAUGUCUUGAAAAGCUCUCACAGAUGUCAAAAGGAUGUGUAUUUUUCCUCAUCGAGGGCAUUGCCGUUCUCAUAACAGGAUAAUGAAGACUCUUGAUGAGCACGAACUGAAAAGGAAAUACUUCUUAACAAUAUCCAUCAUUAUAUGUAGAUUUUUUUACUGCCUCGCAGCUAGCACAGAAAACCUCCGUCAAACUUGUGACUAGUGGUUGAGUCUAUAUCAUUGAUCCAGAGGCACGAAAGCUGCGUGAUUCGAUGGAGGAAUCACUUGAAGGCGAGUAAUUCGUAGAAAAUCUGAACACUCGUCUGGAAAGAGCGAAGCUCGCCACGAAGUACGCUGCCGGCAUGUACCAGAGAUUCCAUGUAAUCGGUUUCUGCAGAAUAUAUUGCGGUCCAUAGAUUUGGUAGGGAGCACGGGCCCGGGGUCAUGAGAUGUGGCUGAGAAGGUUCACCACUGAAGGUAAUAGGGUCAAGUCUUUGCUCGAUGUCCAUGUGGCCAAAAGACAAGCAGUUGUCAAGUGCGGAGAAUGCAGAAACACUCUGGAAAUGUUCGAAAUGUACACACGCACUCUUCACAUGCAGAGACGUGCAGUGAGGCCUUGUGUCCAACUUCUCAACCAGCGGUCCUCGAGGUUCACUUAGAAAAUCCUUGUCAAGGUGCAGGUGGUCGAGGGCUAGCGGAAGUGUCACGAGAAAUCCCAAAAUCUAUUGUUCGACAAAGCUUGAAAUCAGUAUCCCGAGUUUUCCAACAUCGAUUCUUUCGGUAACUAAUCCGAGACCACUCUAAGGCAGAACAUUGAAUUGCGGUGUGACUUCAAGCGACAACAGGAAAACGUUUCUACUGUCUGUCGAGAGCACACUCUGUCCUCAGGGAUCCUGUUCUCCAUCGGACCUGGACGGCGACCGGGUUAUUGCGCUCUUACAGCGUUAGGAGACCGUACAUGGAGCACUGAUAAUCGUACAUGGAGCACAUAUUGUGUUGCACAGGAUGCCCACAUACGCCACUGUGAAUCUUCAAAGAAGUUCAUUCUAUUACUGCCUGUUAUCAUAGAGAGGUAUCAACGGGGACUGCUAGAAUGUUCAUGACAAACAUGAUUCUUAAAAGUUUCCUUAAAAGAGCCUGCGCGUGCCAUCGGAAAAAAUGGGCAUUGUCUCUGGACUUGGUCAUGGUAUGGAGAAAGUAUCGAUCCCACAUGGAAAACGAAACUGCUCCUUCAGUCUGACGUGCUUGAACUCUGAACUACCAUGUCCUCUCAGAACUACGAGUUUGUUCAACACCAUCAUUGUCCAGCAGACAUCAGAUGAUCUGG